AGUCAACAGAGGGCAGUCUGCGCAGAAACGAGUUGUGUCUGCAAUCUGAGUUCGAGCCGGAUUAAAUUGAGGUUUUCUGCGUUAAUUUAGUCUUUUAUAGGGAACAUGUCUCAUCUUCUCCACCCUUUCAAAUCUAUCCAAAGAUGCAGUAUCAUGUUUUCAAGAAUGUACGCGUCAGGAUCAAGUGUCUUGCUGUGGUUUCAAAAGGGAGAUAAAGCCGCUCUCUCCAGGACGUUUAGCGGAGAAGAGGUGCGUCUCUUCGCCGAACUCUCGGGCGACACAAAUCCUCUGCAUACCGAUGAAGAAUAUGCUGCUAAGACGAGAUUUGGCAGGACUGUCGUUCAUGGAGUUUUGUUGAAUGGUUUGGCAUCUGCUGUAAUGGGAACCAAACUACCUGGACCUGGAACCAUUGUCAUAUCUCAUUCUACUGAAUUUCCAAAACCAUUAUUCAUUGGUGAGGAGGUCAUCGCUGAGGUGGAAAUCACAGACGUCAGGAGCUUAUUAGUGAAUUGCGCCAUCACUUGUCGAGUUCCUGAAAGGGAUGAGAUUGUGAUGACUGGAACAGCUACACUACUUGCACCCAAAUCAGCCAGGAGGAAGAAACUCAACCCAAAUUCAGAAGAAACGUGAUGCAAAAUUUUCAACUGUGAAUGGAGGAUUUGCAAAAUAAGGAAGACUGUUAUAUGAUGCUGUGAACUGAACAUUGAGGCAUGCUCACAUAAUCCAGCUGACAAUUGAAGUAAAUAACGGAUUCAGCAAAUAAGUGCAAAUAAAGCUAGUGCACUGUUUCUUCUAUUUCAGGAAUAAUAUACAAAUAGCGAAUAGGCAUGAGUGCGAUGGUGCGAGAUUUCGCAUGAGGUGAAAGAAAGAUGCUCUAUUCAAUGAGGCGUGAUGCGAAAUCUCGCACCAUUUGCACGAAUAAGAAUAUUCGCUAUUUGUGUUGUACAACGCCUCGGAAUUUAGCGAAAAUAUGAAAAAACAAAGAGUUUAUCCCUAUAGUAAUCUAUGAAAAGGGAGCAAAAAUACCGAAAGCAGAAAGCGAAAUCCCACUAGCGCACAUGACCUUGGGCAGCCUUGUGCAUUUAACCAGCUGGCUUAUACGCGUAUUGUUCAUUUUUACCGAGCGCAAUGAAUUAAAUCGUAUUGUGACGUCACCUAAAGCCGUGCAACGGUACAUUUUGGAUGGUACGUCUUUUGUGCAACGGUACGAAUGUUUGACAUUCAGCCUCCCAUUUGCUCGCGUACAACAAGCUAAGUAGGCGUUGUACAAUAAUAAUAAUACUCUGCUUUUAUAUAGUGCUUAAUACAUCAGAACAAUGUCUCUAAGUGCUUUACAGAUAUAUUAUUACCCCGGUCAUCUGAUCCUUUGCAUGCCCCUACACAGUAUAUGCACAUUCUCCACUCCCUGGGGAGCAUUCCAACAAGAGUUCCAAGACUCAAUAGCUAGGCAUACUACAUAGGCUUUCGCAUCCUACCGGUACCCAUUUAACACCUGGAUGGAGAGUCGCGGAGUGUGGAUUGACGCCUUGCCAAAGGAUGCUAGGUGCCGCGGGGUUCAAACACACGACCCUUUGAUCUUAAGGCGAGAAUCAGAACUGCUACACCAUGAUGCUUCCACGGUAAAUAGGAAUAGUCGGAACAGAAAAUUAAUUCAGUAUUAGGAAUAUCACUAUGUGAAAUCAUAACAUCAAAGAAUCACCAAGCCUUAAUUCUUUCAAAUAUAAGUUAAACAAAUUUCUCCAAGAUAAUCAUUGAAUUUAACUCUUCAUCACUCAAAAUCUUGUAUUUUUUAAAAAUCAAACGUGAUUAUCAUGUCACGUACACUUUUCCAUCUCUUUCGUUUUCCUGUUGAUCAGCGAGGUCCGUCUGUGAGUGCUGGGGCUGGAUUCUGGAGACCUUUAAUCUCUCUUUUUCUUAUUUCUUUUCUAUUUUAAUUUCCCCUAUUUCCUUUUAAUUUAACUGGUUCAUGCUCAAGUUGUUAUUUUGAUUUUUAUAUGCUAUGCAACUACAAGAAUAUUUAUUAGGAGGCUGCACUCUACAAGCUCCGCUUUUUAGCAGCCUCCUCCAUUUCCAACCUGAUAUGUAAUAAUCUUGAAUAUAAUUUUUGUACAGGGAUACUUGAAAUAUGUUUUGUUAUUUAUAUGUCAAAAUGUACAAAACAAACUGUAAUUGUUGAAAAUGGAAAUAAACGAAAUGAAAAUGAAAUGAAAAUGAAAUCCAGAUCUUCUGAUUUCUGUGUACAGGAAACUUAUUGUCACUAGGCAUUUACAAGUUCUUGUUAAUAUUAGCUACUGAAAUCCGGAUCAUAAACCACAAAUUGGGUGAAGGAUGUGAUCUGAAAUAUAAUAUUUAAAAGUAACAUAUACAAUAAAAAUUAAAUUCUAAAAAAGAUUGUAAAACAAUCAAUAGAUGAAACAAUAUAACAGCCACUACUUCUGUAAGAUGGGAAUAUUAAAAUGAAAGAUAACUAUAUUUCUUAUCAUUGAACCUUUACCAAUUGUUCAGAUAGGCCUUCAAUAAUGUACUCAUUAUUUUCAUUUUUACUAUUCAUGAAAAAAUGAAUAAACAACUCUACUGAGAGGGAUUUGUUUCACAUUUAGCUCCUAAAAUCUUGGAUCUUUCAACCAAGCCUCAGACUACAGGCCAGUGAAUUUACAAAAUUCUGUGUCCCACCUGUACUGAAAAUAUUGCUAAUUGAAUAUGAAAAACAAAAUCACAGAAGCC